AUGACCGGCAAGAGUCAGACCAGCAACGUGACCAACAAGAAUGACCCGCGCUCGCUCAACUCCCGCGUCUUCAUUGGCAACCUCAACACUGCGGUGGUGAGCAAGGCCGACAUCGAGGCCAUCUUCGCCAAGUACGGCAAGAUCGUGGGCUGCUCCGUGCACAAAGGCUACGCUUUCGUCCAGUAUGCCAGUGAGAGGAACGCCCGGGCGGCCGUCUCGGGCGAGAACAACAGGGUCAUUGCGGGACAGUCAUUAGACAUCAACAUGGCAGGAGAGCCCAAACCAUACCGGCCCAAGAUGACCACCAAGAGGCCAUUGUCAUCCCUCUACAGUGGCUAUGAGUUUGACUAUGACUACUACAGAGAUGACUUCUACAGCAGACUGCUUGAGUACCAUGGUCGUGUGAUGCCGCCCACCAGGGCCGUCAUCCCGGUCAAGCGCUCUCGGCUCGUUGUGCCGUCCACCCCACGUAGAGUCAAGUCUUCAUUCUCUGUCCGGGCCUGCUCUUCCCCAUCUUCUUCCUCUUCUUCUUCUUCCUCCCGGCUGGUCAACGUUGCCUCAUCUGUCACAGGACCCAAGCUGAAGACAGACCAGCUGCUGAGCAUCAAAAAGGAACUGUCGCAAAUCAAGACCAAGAUAGACUCCCUGCUGGGGAGGCUUGACAAAUUUGAAAGGCAGCAUGAGAUGCAGAGGAAACAUGAGGAGGCCUGUGAAUGUCACCACGACGACCAGCCCGACCACUCUGGCGGAGAGGAUCUGGGGCCGACGGCAGAGGCCGAGGCAGGGGAGAUGACAGACGGGGGCGACGAUUACUUUGAGGAUGAGGGUGCGGGUGACAUGUUACACAUCACGGAAGUCUGCGGCUCACAAAAGAUUGCAGAAGAGUAG